AUGUAUCGCCGGGAUUUCGCCAUUGUGGUGCUGUCCGCGAGUGCCCUGUACUUCUCCCUCCAGCGCGAGGGGUCCUUCCACUUCCAAAAAGCAUGGUACCACACCUUCGAGGACGCAUCAGACCUGUUUGCUGCUGCUCCCUACCCCUCCCCCAAGCCUCUCGCGGUGGACCUCAAUGGCGAUGGCAAGCCUGAAGUGCUCGUGGCUGCUCCCAAUGGCCAGGUCCAGCUGCUCGCCCCAGCACGGCCCGGGGAUGGGUUUGCACGCGUUCGGGUCCUCUCCGCGGCGGAGGUCGAGCCCGACAACAACAUGCCGCUGCUGGCGCUUGCGACGGGGUACCUGACCCCCGAGCCCAAGGAGUUGGUGAGGGCCCCACGCAAGCAGGUGGUGGUCCUGCUGACCAGCAGCCUCACGCUGCACUGCCUGGACCACAACCUGCGCCCGCUGUGGAGCCAGCGGCUGGCGCCCAGCUUCCCGGCGCGCGCCACGCACGGCGAGGUGGCCCUGCACGUCUCCCACCACUCCGUGUCCAAGGGGGACCGGGGCCUGGUCGUGCUGGGGGCGGGCGUCACCCAUGCCGCUGCUGCGGGGCGCAAGCUCCGAGAUGGCGCACUGGAGGAGGCAUUGCUCGGGGAGGGGCUGGAACGCAUCAAUCGCGGGUUUGGAAAGGACGGCGCCGCAUCUUCCGAGGAUGGCAGCAAGGACGUUCUCCACAAUCUGAGUGCUGCGCCGCGCCAGUUCAACUACUUUGCUUUUGAGGGUGGCAAGGGCGAGCUCAGAUGGAAGCAUGAGGCGUCGGACUUCAAGCGAGAUCUGGGUGCCCUGCAGGACGGACUGUCCGACAGGUUCUCCUUCCAUGUCACGGCAGAGCAGGGCAGCUGGGACACGGCGCUGCACCUGGCCCACUUCCAGAGGCAGAAGCGGGGGAAGGGGGAGCAGAAGGCUGACCUGGCGCGCCUCGCCCGCGAGGACGGCGGGGCCGGAAGCUUCCCGGCCCAGCGGACCGGCCUCAAGCUGGGUGGGUCGCCGCCCAACGCCCUGGCCGGGCUCCUGCGUGGGAGGAAGGCUGGGGAGGAGGUGUCCCCCAAUGUUCUCGUCGCCCACCUCAGGGAGGGCAUCGAGGUGGUCCACCUCUUCUCUGGCCGCGUGGUGUGCCGCCUGCACCUGCCCUCCCCCGGGCUGCACAUCGACGUGAACGGCGACGGGGUGCCAGACCACAUCGUGGCACGAGGCGGCGAUCCACUGGAGGAUGUCGACGAAGACGAGUCCAGCGCCGGCCACACGCACCUGGGGCCCUGCAGCGCGGUGGCCCGCACCGGCAUCCCGGCUCGCGCCCCGCUCUUCAACGCCACCAUCUGCGACGCCGUGCCGCACGCCCGCCUCGCCCGCGCCUCUCAGGGGCGUGUGGAGGUGGCGCAGCCCAUGGCCCUCCCCCUGCCCGGCCCCGACGGCGAGUACCCGGAGCCGAUCCGGCAGCGCCACAUGACAGUGUACCUGCACAGCCAGGGCGAGGUCACAGCCCUGGAUGCGGAGGGGGACCUACUGUGGAAGGAGACGGUGGAUGCGACGUGGACGGGCAUUGGCCCCUUUGACCCCGAGGAGGACGAAGGAGAAGUGCCCACGCUGCGACCCCUGCCCCUGCACACGCAUGGACUCCCCACCGCCAUCCUUGCAGCCGGCACACUUCAUGGCUAUGUGCUGGACAUGGAUGGUCGGGUGCUCGACAGCAUGGUCCUGCCAUCGGUGCCGGCGCAGCCCCUGCUCGUGGCCGACUGGAACUUCGAUGGGCUGAAUGACAUCAUGCUGCUGGGCCACCACGGCGUCUUCGGCUGGGCCCAGGUGCGGAGGCCAGGCGCACUGUCCUUUGCGACGCUGGUGGCGGCCCUCAUCGUCAUCAUGGUGGGCGUGUUUGUCUCCCAGGCGCGCGAGGAGGGGCCCAGCACCAAGGCCCAUCGUCCCCGAGGGCGCAGCACCGACCAGGCGGCAUGA